UGUUUUGCGUGACUCCACCUUAAAUGACAGAUAUAGAGCUUGUGGAGAGGAAAGAAUACGAGAAAAAUAACUUGCCGUUUCUUUCAGUGCCUCCUUUGGGCGGGACUACGCAUCGUGUCAGUGUCAGAAUGCUCCCAACCCUUUACUGACCAGACGCCGUGCUGUUGCAACAUGUCGGUAGAGACGUGCGGUAAACUCCUCUCGCGUUUAGCCAGAAUACGACCCCGUCUUCUUCCUGUUAAGAUCGACUGCUCGUAUGCGAGAAGGUCUUUCACGUCCGAACUAAAAGGUAGGGAGCAGAUACGACCACUAGAUGGCGUCAAAGUCUUAGACCUGACCAGAGUACUGGCUGGGCCUUUUGCCACAAUGAUCCUGGGAGAUUUGGGUGCUGAGGUGAUCAAAGUGGAGCGACCAGGGCCUGGAGAUGACACAAGAGCAUGGGGGCCUCCGUUUGUGGGUAAAGAGAGUGCUUAUUUCCUCAGUGUGAACAGAAAUAAAAAGAGCAUUGCUGUUAAUCUCAAGGAUCCAAGUGGAGCCAAACUUGUAACUGAGCUAGCCAGAUGUUGUGAUAUUCUGGUGGAGAAUUAUCUUCCUGGGAAGCUGGAAGAGAUGGGAUUGGGCUAUAAGCAUCUGAGUGAAGUAGCCCCUCAACUUAUCUACUGUUCCAUCACAGGCUAUGGUCAGACAGGGCCUCAGUCGCACAAGCCUGGAUAUGACUCUAUAGCAUCUGCUGUAUCUGGGAUGAUGCACAUCACAGGCCCUGAGGAUGGGGCUCCAGUUAGGCCUGGUGUUGCUAUGACGGAUCUGGCUACUGGCCUGUAUGCUCAGGGAGCUGUGAUGGCAGGCCUUCUGCAGAGACAGAAGACUGGACGAGGCCUUCACAUCGACUGCAACCUGCUCUCAUCUCAGGUGGCAUGCCUCACUCACAUAGCUGCAAACUACCUCAAUGCAGGAAAAGAAGCCAGACGAUGGGGAACUGCCCAUGAAAGUAUAGUCCCCUAUCAGGGCUUUCAAACAAAAGAUGGCUACCUUAUCGUGGCUUCUGGAAAUGACCAGCAAUUUUUUAAAGUGUGCAAAGUCCUGGGCAUGAAUGACCUGGCAGAAAAUCCAAAGUACAAAACCAACACAUUACGAGUGCAGCACCGCAAAGAGCUGCUGCAUCUUCUGUCUGAGAGGUUCCUGGAGGAGUCCACUGCCGAGUGGCUUAGACGGUUUGAAGGCACUGGAGUUCCCUGCGGCCCCAUCAACACUAUCCAGCAGGUGUUCUCUGACCCACAGGUUGCUCACAAUGGUCUCAUUUUGAAGAUGGACCACCCGACAUCAGGAAGGAUCACAGUGCCAGGUCCUGCUGUCCGGUUCAACAGUUUUGAAUUUGACAAGCCCACUCCACCCCCUGUGAUCGGUCAGCACACAGUUGAAGUUCUGAGGGACAUCCUGGGAUAUAGCGAUGAAGUCAUCAACAAUCUUCUGGCUUCAGGGACUGUCUUUCAAAAUGCAGUGCACUAAUGUAGAGUCCUGUCCCAAAAUAUGACCAAGGGACCUCCUUUCACUAGAUAAACCUUUUAAAAUACACACACACACACUAACAUGGCACUUUGAGAGAAAUACUGUGCUGCCUCCCACAUUCAGUGGUUAUGUUUUUGUAAUUAAUCUGUUGAAUAUCCCUUGAAGACUAAGCCACAAAUGUAACAGUAACGACAUAAUGACGCAUGCGGGUUAGGCUCAAGGGUCUUGUGCUGCCAGUUGGCGGGUCCUGUGAAGGGCUGUCUGGAUUUCCAACCCUCUGUCACAUCACCUCAGAUAAUUCUCACUUUUUGAUUGAUCAGUAAUGCACGCAGACUUAGUGCCAGAUAAGGUUUCAGAUCUUUCAAGUCUUUAGGCCCAGUAAUGGGAAUAAGGAAAAGCCAUUUCUGAGCUCUUCAGGCAGCCUCUUAAACUUUCAAGUUCAGUUUCCAUCACCGUAUUGGCUAAACUCACAUCUUUAUUGGAUGCAGAGACUAGUGGGGAAAUACCCUACAGAAGACCAUCACUAAUCAUGUGCUUUCUGUUAGCAACAGUACAAUUCCAUUUCUUACUUAAUCCACACUGUCAGUUGAGCAGAAAACAUGUUCUUUCAUAAUUCGACAGUAUUGCCAGUGGCCUCAAAUACUUCCAAAAAGGAUUUUAAUCCACGUGUUUCAAAUCAAAUAUCAAACUUCCAUCUGAUAGAUCUGGUGCCUGAGAUAGAGUUAUUACUAAACUGUGGUCUUCAAGUACAUCUCGGACACAACCAGACAGUACUAAACAUAGUACGUAUAAUAAGGCCUGUUAAUUUUGCUAUGAUUGAUGGCCCCAGAGGAAAAGAAUGCAAUUGUGUGGGUUCAUUGCACUUGUCCAUAACCUGAACGCCAGCAGUAAGAAUGUUAUGGUAAUAAAGAAUUUAUGUAAGAAGUGUCUGCAAAAUAAAAUUACACUUUACUCUCUUGGUACGACCA